UGUGCGAGGGAGUUCUCGUUGUUGCAUCAACCACUCGAUUUACAGGCAGUUGCAACCGAUCGCAAGCGGGAGUGGCCGGCGCCCCACAUUGAGACCCUCCAAAGUCGGCAGGCGCGUCCUCAAUCUUGCCUCUUUGCAACCAUGCACGUUACGUGCAACAUUCCUUUUAUCUUACCACAAUCAUGGCCGCUCAGGAGAACACAUUUCCACCAGAGAUCUGGGCCGAGAUCGUCGAGUGCUCACCGCAGCAGACGCUUGUGGCCCUCUCGCGAGUCUGCUCUAUGCUUUCUGUUGAGGUUCGCAAAGUAUUGCUUCGAAGCGUAGCGUCAAAGGAAACUUCUGGAGACAACGAAAAAUCCGCGAGUGUAAUUUACAGACCAUGGGCUUUUCAUGAUAUGCUUGUCAAGGAAGACACAAAUUGGAGGUCAACGAUAAGAUUUGCCAAGCUGAAUUGGCUAGGUGAAUAUCUUGAUAAGGAUGGCAAAGAUGCACUCAUUGGAAGAGCAAAGCCUGUUGCAGACCAUCUAAUAUUCAAGACAGCAAUGAUGCUGUCAGAGUGCGCCCAUCUGCACGACUUCCAAGUCAAUUCGAGGUCCCUCACUAUUGCAACAGCUAUGCUAAACACAAAGCCCCUACAAAUCACAUCCCUCAGUUUCUCCUUACCACAUCGAUAUUCCUGGGAAGAUUUGUAUCGCAUAUUUGAGAUCCCAACGCUUUCAACAUUGGUGGUGAAGAACCUUCUGAGUCCGGACCGGCCUGCUUUCAGAUUUCCACCACCAAUACCAGACGAGCUACAUCUCAAAUCCGCCAUUUCAAAUAUACAGGAUCUGACUCUUGAUGAGUGUGGCCCACUCACUUCAGCCAUAGUUCCAAUGUUCAAAUGGCCCAGGAACUUGAGGAAGCUGGAUUACUCACCUUCACGUUCGAAGUGUGAGCCUUAUUGGCGUGGCAUUUUACGGAGAAUGGGCGACAUCUCGGACGCUGUAGACCUGUCCGUCCAUGUUCUUUCGCCUGUCAAGGAUUCACUUGAAGAGCUCAAAUUCGAUCUUGGGCUGGACAGGCAUUGGAUCUUGCCUUUCAAGACAGGAGGGCUCUUUCAGUCGUUUGUCAACUUGUCAAAGCUUACCGUUCCCGUUGAGCUGAUCAUGCACUCGAGGGGACUCUCGCAAUCUCGCCUUGAUCGUCCAUUCUACACCAGUCUUCCUCAUGACUUACAAGAACUCACAUUGAAGUUUACAAUACUUACUUCCUGGCACCCACGACCGGCUCAUUCUGAAUUACAGACGAAUCAGUGUCUACUAUCUGAUCCUGCUCACCGCUUCUUUGACGAGCUUUCGGAUAUAGCGAUGCACAAGGAAGAGUUCCUUCCAAGCUUGAAGCAACUCAUACUUACCGAAGAUGGCGAGAGACCCUUUCUGGUGAAGUGUGUCCAUACAAAACACAGUCUCGAAGACCUGAGGAGCAGCGGUAUACAAGUCGUCCAGGGUGAUUGGUAUCGACAAUCCAGGGAAACCUGGGUGUGAUAAUCAUCUGCAUGCGUUCACAUGUGGUCCUAUCGACCCAAUCGUUGCCCUCCACCAGCUCAAAACCGUUAUUGUUGUCGGUCUCCAGCUACA